AUGAAUUGUUUCAAAAUUUCAAUUAAUGGAUCUGUUGAAGUUCUUUCAGAUCUCGGGUGCACAAAAAUGAAGCAAAACCAGUUUGUGUCGUCGUCAGCACGUAAAGCUCGAAAAGCGCACUUCAAUGCACCAUCACAUAUCCGAAGGAAACUGAUGAGCGCUCCACUUGCUAAAGAUCUCCGAAUCAAGCACGGAGUCCGAUCGAUCCCAAUUAGAAUGGACGAUGAAGUGACGGUGGUUCGAGGUCAUUACAAAGGAAACGCAGGCCGUGUGAUGCGUGUCUACCGAAAGAAAUUCGUCGUUCAUAUCGAUAAGAUCACUCGUGAGAAGGCGAACGGUUCGACCGUUCACAUCGGCAUCCAUCCGUCGAAAGUGGCCAUCACCAAGCUGAAAAUGGACAAAGAUCGUAAGGGUAUGAUUGAACGUAAAGCGGCCGGACGUGCACGUGUCACUGGACUCCUUAAAGGAAAACAUACCGAGGAGAGUAUUGCCGAGGAAUAA